UUGGAACAUCUGCACCAGGACAUGGAUCGGAAGGACGAGCAGCAGGAGAGGUUACUCAGCCAAAUGCGGGAACUGCUGACCAAAUAUGAAGAGAGCGAACAACAAAAGAAACGAUAUAUGAACGAACUGGAGGCUGUGAAUAAGAAACUCAAAGAGGCGAAUAAAGAUGUGCAAGAACUGGAAGGACAACUGGAGGACAAAGAGAACCAGCUGAAAGAGAGCGACAAGAAAAGAACGGAACUGAGGAAUAAAGCUCUGCAAUCAAUAAAAGAGUAUCGUACUAAAUGCAAGAAACUGGAAAGAGAAGCGGUACAGGGACUCGCAGCUCAGUCACACGAACCAGUGAAAGAGCUGAGGGAAAUCAAAGAACUGCGAGCUAAAGUCGCCAAACUAGUGUCCAAGCUCCAAGAGGAAGCCGAACAACGGCAGGGUUAUGAACAGCGAAUUUUAGAAGCUAGACAGCAGGAUAGAGCUUCAAAGGAAGAAGCUGCUUCGCUUUAUGCUCAGCUACAACAAGAACGGGAUGCCCACACGAAUGCCUUGAGAGAGCUUGAGGAGCAGAUCCAGGCUCUCACGACUAACCACGAACAAGCUCUACAAGACGCUGCUAAAAAGUCACAUAAAGAAAGAGGUGAAAUAGAAGAUCAAAUCGCCGACAUUAAGAUUCAACUUGCGGAUGAGAAGUCAACUAUAAAAGCCUUACGAAAACGCCAAGAAAAAGACAGAGAGGAAAUGGAAAAACUUAACACUGAAUUCAAUGUAAGACUGCGAACCUGGGUUGAAGAGUGUCUCACGGUUACAAGCUUUCAAUGGUUUCCAUUUGUCACAUUCUUUCCUGCUUGUUUGGUUGAUUUGUCUGGACUGCAAAAGUUGGACGACCAGCUGGAUCGACUUAUUGAGCAGGUCUGCAGGGACUCAGACAUGCCUCUUCCGUCUCUCUUCUCCAGUGGAAGCAUAAGAAAUAAUUCUCAAAACUGGAUUGCUGAGAUGAUAGGGAAAUUUCGAUGGCUCUCGGAAGAGCUGAAGGCUCGCCUUCAGUCGGAGCGCAGACUUAAAGAACAAGCGGAAUGGAGCCAAAAGAGAAUACGGGAUGUUGUCCUUAAGGCGGAUGAAGAUAAAGAAUACUUUAUAUCGGAACUGGACAAACAGAGCAUGCUUCUUGAUGAACUAGCAGCUCAAAAGAAAGGAUUGGAAUCCAAAAAUAAACAGAACAACGACAACAUUAAAACUCUUCAGGACAGAAUAACUCAGCUAACCACACAUCUUGAGACGAGCACGCGAGCGCUCCACGCUACUGCUGAAGCAUUGGAUGAUCGUCAAAAGGUCAUUGAAGAAUUUGAGGGGUUACGGGGCGAACAGAGAGAACGAGACAAACUUCACGACAAAUAUGUCAGGUAUAAAGAAAGAGUUGGAAGUAUUCGACGAGAACUUCAAGGGGCGAAAUCAAUGGCGGAAGACUAUAGGCAAGAGAGUCUGGACGCCAGCAAUUUGUCCACGAAGUUGUUAGAGAGUUUAGACCGCAUUUCAAGUCCAAAAGCAAAACAGCGACGACUUCACCAGUUUCCAGACACACCUCCAACCAACCUCAGACCUUCUACAAGUAAAAGUACCACAAUUCCUGAGUGGUCUCCAUCAUCAGAUAACACCAUUUCCACCGUGUAUGAGAAUCCUUCACCUUUGAGUUCACCUUUGAAAGCAGACAGAAAGAGAUCGCAUAAACUUCAGGAAUAUCGUUUGAAAGGACCCAUGUCGAGCGCAGACCUGGACUAUAAAGAACGAUAGCAGUACUGUCAGGGCUCGCCAUGGACUGAGGUUCCUCAAAACCAGUGUUGAUCACUACACCACCACUCGACCGAUUGUGGGAUAUCUAUAUUUAAGAUUGCAAUAUGAUAUAAAUAGUCAAUAGACUGUAAAAACGUAUUGUGCUGUACGUAUUUUUAUUUAUAUGACGACACUGAUCUUACGUGUAUUCCUUCAUCCAAAACACAAACAAAUGAAACAGUUAAACCCCUUAGAUAAAAAUUAACGAAAACAAAUUUAAUAUAUUGUAGCUGCAAAGUUUGUAGUCGUCUUUUAAAUUCAGUGGUUGAUUUUUUUCACACUGAGAUACACUAUGAUAUUCUCGUGUGUGGUUUUACUGUUAAUUGUUAAGAUAUAAAGUUAAAUCCAGUCAGCACUUAAUGAUAUCAGUGAAAAUUAGUUUGAAGUUUACGCCUAACGUGAACGGCUAAAAUUAUCUCAGAUUUCCUUAAUUUACAUCUCAUCCAUAAAUGAAUCCCGUAGAUGGAGGGGAAAAUAUCUGUUAAAAAAUGUUAUGCUUAUCCCCUCUGAUAAAAAAAAACAACAACAACAACACUUGCACGAUGUAGUCACUUCCUUCCAUCGCAAUGUUUCACGAUUCAACUAAAUACUGCUUGUCUUCUUUAAGGGUUGAGGUAGAUUGGUUACCGUUCACCGCGUGGAGCACUGUGAUUGGGUUAUUUUCAACAGCUGUGAUUAGACGUGAGAGAGUAUGUCAUCGAAAUGCACCAUUCAUAGCUGUGGAAGACCAACAAAUC